AUGCGAUUGUACUCGUCGAGCGUCCUGCUCCUCGGGGCCACCGUGCUACAGUAUGCCGAGCUCAUCGUAGCCAACACGACUACGUUCGACUUCGACAAUGCGCUCCCUAAACCGCAAAAUGGGUCAACAGCCUUGUUCACGGUCGGCGACUUGAAGUCGGUUCAACCUGAAGCUGGUCUCGGGGUUGUGUUUUUUAGCAAUGAAAGAUUCCGGCUCCGCGACGUCAAGUUGUUGCAAGUCCCAAUCGGGCAGCAGGGUACUGCUCCCCAGACUGUAGCCCGAUAUCCCUAUGAGAGUUGGGAAGAUAUCAAAAUGAUUAUUAAAACAAACUCGACCACGAUUGAGAAGCCCGUACCAGCAAACACUGUUGUCACUAUAAGACUCGGGCCGGAGACAGCAAGUCGAAUGCUCGCGAACCGGCCUACCGCCACAGUCACGGCCCAGCCUGCUGUGGAUGGCACCCCAGUCGUAUACAACCAACCGGCCAUAUUAUAUUUUGAGCUCAGAUAUUAUCCUAUCCCGUCCUCGAGCAGCAGUAUCCGCCGUCGACAAGGUGAUCCUUCCUCGGACAGCGGUCUUAGCGCAACAACCACGAAGCGCUUUGCCUUGACCGAUAUGGACAGGAGUGAUCCGAAAUUCGCUUCACUCGUUGAAUGGACAAACACAAAUGUCCCAGCCACUGAUGAUCCUUCCACCUCCGAUCCAUCAUCAGGGGACGAUACCUCACCACCAAAGGAUACACAGAAUCCGGUGCCCUCGCCGACGGUCCGACCCGACGGCGGCGCAAACUCAGAGCCCGCGUCUGCAUCUUCGUCAUCAGACGGGAAGCUAUCCACCGGAGCGAUUGCGGGCAUUGCUGUAGGCGCCGGCCUAGGAUUCCUCCUGAUAGCAGGGUCUAUUGCCUUCUGCCUCCUCCGCCGACGGCGCAGGAACGCCGAAGCCACCCACGUGCGCGGUUACAACGGAGGCGGGCGGUCCGGCGAUAUCAUUGCUGAAAAGGAAGCAGCCAACGCCGCCGUGUCAGAGAGCGGAGCUCAUUCGCCCUAUUCGGACGACGGCCGUCCUCAUUUCCAACGGGAUGGUGAGCUCGCCGGGGCAGGUGCUGGAGUCUCGGUUGCAACCGGGACUGCGGGCCUCAUGGCUGCUCACCACCAAGACGAACAAUCAGCAGCAGCCGAUUAUGCCCCAUACAGCGAUCGCCCGUCCAACGUUUCGAUGGCAGACACCGCCGUCGGGUCCGCAUCCGCCAUCGGCACUGCCUCGUCGAUGCCUAUUGAACAGCCAACACCUGCGGCACCCGGACCUGCGAGCGCCGUACCGGUGGAAGUUGAGCGUGUGCCGGUCAUUGGUCGGUCAGACACCGCCAUGUCUGGUACCUACGCUCACCUGGUCGAGGAUGGUAUGACAGCGGCCGAAAUCGCUAGGCUGGAGGACGAGGAGAGGCAGCUAGACCAAGCGAUCGAGAGGGCGCGGGGCGUGACAACCAAGUAG